AUGUAUGGAGCGAGACCUGGCUGUUUUCAAGAGUAUUUAAAGGAACUUACUGUAAGACGUGAUGAAAUAUCGGCGGAGUUACUGCGUUUGGAAAAUCGUAUUUAUAAACUGGAAGAAAGUGACCUUUUAAGGCAUCUUGAGUCAGGAAAUGUAGUUAUAGGGUUUUCCCGCCAUGAGCCGAACGAAUCAACUCACUCGAUGGUCAACACACCGGGAGAAUUGAUGUUUUUUUCGAAUUCGUCGACAACAACGAUAACUGCCUGCGAACUCUCAGAAAGAGCUCAGAAAUCACAGAAACGCAAGAAAAAGAAGAAGCGAACGUCUACUGUUGGAACGCGUACAGUUCAUGGUUCAUCCAGCGAUACAGAUCCGGAAACUGUAGGAAUUGCAGGUCUCGAAGCGGCUGCAACUCGUGACGCUGAGCUCAGAGCAGCUCAUAAACAGCAAUACGAAGCCAAACACCACAUGAAGACACGUUCCCAGACAAAGAGUAAUUUGCAGCUUGUUUUCCCCGAUAGAUACCACUACGGCGAAAAUGGUGUGGACCAUUCUUUUGAUCCACAAACGUGUUAUCCAUAA